AUGAUAUUAAAUUGGCCUCAGCUGAAAGCUGUCUGUUUCUUUAUUGACUUUCUUUCUUGCAAAAGCAGCGGUCGAGCGGCCCUGCUUCAUCAGAAGAAACAACAUCUAAAUUCAUCUAGAACAUCUAAAACCAAAUUUGACUUUCAGAAAUGUCCGGAAACUGGAACAAUAGUCGCGGUGGAAGCGGUGGUUCCAGAUAUGGCGGCAAUGGAUCUAAGUUUGGAAGUGGUGGUGGUGGAGGAAGUAGAUUUGGUAAUAGUGGUGGUGGAUUUGGAGGUGGCAAGAAAGAAUUUUCUGGUGGACAAAACAUGCGUCGACCGAAUUGGGACUCGAUGUCUCUUCAACCGUUCAAUAAAAACUUCUACAAUCCACCCCCAGAAGUUU